AUGGUCGAGAGAGUCGAAGCCAAGCCCUCGAGCUCGAGGCGGUCGGCAUUCCCGGAAAUUAGCAUGGAGAUGAAUGAAAUGGAAAUCGCUUUAGAUCCAUCAGAAGAGGAUUCAGUGUGUCUCGGUAAUUAUUUUUUCGCUCUUCCCAUAUUAAAAUAGAUAAUCGUGGAGCUCUUCUUUUGUAAACGUCUUCCGCUCCAAACCCGAACUCGAUGUCAUUAAAGAUGUCAUCCUGGAUUUCAUUUUCUUUUAUGAGCUGGAUACGUUCAGGUUUACUUUGCGGGAUAACAUAUCAUCAUCUUGUAGUUUUACAUUAGUCUCCUUGACUUGUAAUAAUAUUUAUUUAAUUUGUAAUCAUUUCUUUUAAGGCUCCUCUUAUGGUAUGCGAUGAUCUGGAGGUUGCACAUUCUAUUGCAUUUGGUUACAAUGUACGUUAAUUCAGUUGGCUUGACUCCUCUACCCCAUCAAUUACGGUAUUUUGUUCGAUCGACGAGGACACCUCGUAUUCAGGGGAUUAAAAAUAUCAACAGAUUUAGCACAAAGAAACCGAGUGAGGAUAAGGAGAGUUCAGAUAUUACAUCUACGCUUCCCGGGAUAGCUGUAAGUGAUAAUAUUAAAUUCUAAUAGGAGAAUUAGAAUUUUAAUAGCAAAGAAAUGGAGGCCAUGUUGUUGGAUCCAGAGCUGAAGUCGUUAAAGUCGAAGAUAAGUGAUGGAAUCGAGGCUCAGAGAGAACUGAAGGCCAGGCUAAGGAGAUUAAAUAUUCAGACCAGAUAUCGGGCGGUAAAAACAGCGACAAAAACUGGCGACAGCUGGAAGAAACCGCUUUUAAAACAACUUGGUGUCCGGAUUACUAAACAAAGUGAGCGGGUUUAAAGUUAUGUUAAAUAAAUUGUACACAGCUGUUAUUAUAUUCAUGAUUUAACGAGCGUUUUAGAGGCGACUACGAAACGCAGAUCAGAAGGUAAAUUGAAGAAUCUGAAGACCUUUAAGCCUCACAAAUAUGUGAAGACAGGGAGAGCGGAACAAUCCAAUUUGAUUACCAAACGAUUCUAUUCGGAUAAGCCUCCGCCGACUCAGGUUCAAGUCGAACGUAUGUUGUAUUAAUUGGCCUCACUGUUAGAUUAAAUUAUGUCAUAAUUCUUCGAAUCAAAAAAUGUUUAUUUCAGCCUCGAAAGUUGUCGCAGAGAUCCAAGAAUCAGUAAAAAAAGCGUUGAACAAAGUGUUUUCCUCUGGGAAAUUGGCACAGAUCGAUGAUUUCGAUGAGGUUGUGGUGAAAAAGGUAUGAUUUUGUAACAUUUUCUUUUACCACUUUGAAGUUUUUUUAUCAUCUACAAGUUCCUUGUUUCGAAAUAAUCGCCACACCUUUCGCGUAAUCCUCCAAAACCUUUUAAGAAAGUUUUAAGAUGUGACCCAGUUACUAAAUAGUAUUGUACUCUAUUCGAUCGACGUCUUCAUGUUUUAGAAGCACCGUCACGAAAGUCCGAAAUCUUUUGCUCUUCCCAAGAAAUUCGACCUCUACCCAACUCAGCCCGCCUUCUGCCGUCGAUGUUACAAGUUUUUCUCGACGAUUAUUGAUGCCGAUGUCACCAAAGUGUACCAAUAUUGCUGUACGGUGGGGAACCACAAGAGUCGGAUCUUGCAGGGAGUCAAGCUGAGAACCCUCUGA